AUGCCUCUUCGUGAGCGCCGCAAAUCAUAUCUUCCUGGAGAACAGCAGCCAUGGGCCGUGGCAGUCAAGCCGGCCCCAGUGGCGCUACCCAAACCUAUCAACAUUUGCUUUCCAUGUCCCAUCGAAAUGCCGCUAAAAUCGAUGGAACUACUUCAAUACUUCCACAAGGCUGGUAGUAAUAACGAAGUCGCAUUACAGUGUAAGCGACAGAACGUGCUCGCAUCCAACAUACAUCACCCUGACGCGCUGCGUAACACACUCCUUAUCGCUGGUUUCCAUUAUCUCAUCAACGGGCCUCGAUUUAGUGAUUUCAAGCCGACAUUACUACUCCACAAAAUCGAAACAAUACGCUCGGUGAAUAAAUGGAUUCAGCUUUCAGACUCAAAAGCAUACGCAAUGUGCGUACGGCAGAUAUCUACUCUGUGUUUCUCCGAGUGCUACCUGGGUCAUUCCCGAGCUGCUGAAACACAUCUCAAUGGACUAAUGAAGUUUUUGGAUAUUUAUUGCCCUCUCGGCCUGGCCAAUCCAACAGAACCAAGCAACACUACAGAGCUUUCCAUACGCACAUACUCCUUUAUCUCUAUCUGCAAAAGCCGGGUCCGGGUCGAAAUAGUAGACGUUGGCGAAGGCGCGACCCCAGAAGUUAUGGCCGCAAUGCACGAUCGAUUUAAGUUCGAGGCCGGUGGUGUGGACCUAAAAUUGAGAAGUAUGGAAUUGCUUCCUUACUUCUUCGCUCCAUUGUCCUCCAUGAGAGGAUUCCACGAUAUCGACGCUUCGCCCAUGAUUGACUGCCUCCUGUCUUUAACCGAGAUAUUUCAACUAAGAGCACCAGUGGAGGAUGAAAGAUCGGUUCAGCAAAUAUUAUUGAUCGAGAAUACUGCUGUUAAGCUGACAGUGGCAGCUAUUGAAACUCAUGUCGAGUCCAUGCCUGGACAAGACGAUAGGACUCGCAAGAAGAAAUCUCUCAGAGGGUUGGAAGGUUCCUGGUCUGGACUCUUCAUCGCUUCACAUCUCUACGUUCACCAAAUUCUCGGCCUCUGGACUCUGGAUGCACCUCUGGAGGUCAAGUUUCAUUCACAUAUCCUUGGGUACCUGAGCUGGGAUCUUGCAAAAAGUGACAGCUGCCUGGAACAAGGAUCUACCGUCGCAUCGAACUUUUGGUUCUGGAAAGCUUUCGUGGGUGCCUUUAGUGUAGCAAGACAUAUUGAAACAGAUCACGCUGUGACGCUGUACCCUCUACGACGACAAUUUGUCAAGUUUAUAUACAAGUGGUCUGAAUGUGCAGGCAUCAAGACAUGGAAAGAGGCUCGAGAGAUUUUGAUUGGUAUUGUAUGGCCCAAGUCGGCAUUUAUUCAUGGCUCUUUGGCGGAGAUGAUUUGGUAUGAAAGUCAAGUUAAGAUUCACGACGUAGAAGGGUAA